GAGAGAAAAAUAAAAAAAAAGUAAGAAAAUUGUAAAAAAAGUAUAUAAACAGAGAAACUGAGCUGUGAGAAAAAACUGUAGCUAUCAAUGGUGUGGGCGCUUAAUGGUUUAUCAUCACUGUCUCCUUCCCUUUUAACAAUGGUGUUUUGACCUCUCUCUCUCCUCCUCUCUCCUUCAACUUGUUGUGGCAAUCCCUAAUAAACCCCUAAUUUUUCUUUCAUUUCCAUUUUGAUUUGCCUCGCGUAUACUUCUUCGUUGUGCUUCUUAAGAAUCAGAUAAACCCCUCUCUCUUCUUUGCUUUUCUUAGCUCAUCAGUAAGAUACGCCAAAGAUAUCCUCUUGAAGGGUUUAUCGCCCUUAUUUUCGGGGAAUUCGAUUCAGUAGAAAAGAGAUUCCCUUUUCGAUUCGUCUUCUCCGAGAUUCUCUCUCUCUUUAGUUUAUCCGAGUUAUUAGUGUGUUUCUGUGGAUCUCUAGCUUGUGGAACGCUACAAGAUUCGAACUUUGCUGAUAGUCUGUUUGGAAUCCUAGUCUGAUUAGAUUUAGAAAAAAUGACUGUGGAAGAAGUUAGUGAUGGUUCUGCGUGGAGUAGGGAAGAUGAUAUUGCCUUCGAGAGAGCUCUUGCUAAUCAUACAGAUGAAUCCGAGGAAAAAUGGGAGAAGAUUGCUGCUGAUGUUCCAGGGAAAAGUGUUGACCAGAUUAAAGAGCAUUACGAGCUUUUAGUUGAGGAUGUUGAUAGGAUUGAGUCAGGAUGUGUCCCUCUUCCUUCUUACCGUUCUCCUCUUGACGAUGCUGGUGACGAUGGUGGAAGCAGUAAGAGAGGAGGUAACAGUCAUGACCAGGGAAGCAAAGCGAAGGCUGAUCAAGAACGACGAAAGGGUAUUGCCUGGUCUGAGGAUGAGCACAGGUUAUUUCUUCUUGGUUUGGAUAAGUACGGGAAAGGAGAUUGGCGUAGCAUUUCUCGUAACUUUGUGGUAACAAGAACACCGACCCAAGUAGCGAGCCAUGCUCAAAAGUACUUCAUUCGUCUAAACUCAAUGAACAAAGACAGAAGACGAUCAAGCAUUCACGACAUUACUAGUGUUGGCGACGCAGAUGUCUCAACGCCACAAGGACCGAUCACUGGUCAGAAUCAGAACAACAACACCAACAACACCGGUUCUGCUGCUGUUGUUGGAGGAGGAAACAAAUCAGCCAAGCAACCCGCCUCCCAACCAACACCUGGACCUCCUAUGUAUGGAACACCCACCAUAGGUCAACCAGUAAGUGGACCAUUGGUCUCAGCAGUUGGAACACCUGUGAACCUCCCAGCUCCGCCUCACAUGGCUUAUGGAGUCCAUUCUGCUCCAGUCCCUGGAUCAGUGGUUCCUGGUGCACCUAUGAACAUGGCUCAGAUGCCGUACACCAUGCCGAGGACACCAACUGCUCAUAGGUAACGUCGAAAGUACCUUUGUUAUGAUAGUGCUCUCUGUUUAGGUGUAAGAAAGCUGUGUAAAGGAUUUAGUUAAUAUUCCUUGAGCGAGUUUUUUUUAUUACUUGUGGGAUUUUUACGAGAUCGAAUAAGAAAGAUAUUAAUCUUUAUAUGGUUUUAACCUCUGUGAAACCAUAAAGUUUGAUA